AUGGAGCCGGGAACGCUGGCGAGGGUACUGCACGACUUCUUCACCACUGUCGAUGAAGAGCUGAGCCUUCCCAAGGGACAGUAUUUCGUGAUACACAAGAUCAUAGACAAACACUGGUGCCAUGGUCAGUCGCAAGAUAAAGUCGGCAAGUUUCCUUUAAGCCACCUGCAUAAAGUGGAAAUUCCUCUGUUUGGUGAAACAGAAAGAGUGUUUGUUUCUACAGCCAGCUUUCCCGGACAAGAAGUUGGAGAUUUGUCCUUUGCAGAAGGAGAACUUAUAAUUGGAGUUAGAGACAUAGGUUCAGGAUGGUGCAUGGGCAAGAUAGGCUCCAAAAGUGGAAUUUUUCCAUUAACGCAUACAUGGGAACUGGAUGCAGCAUUGAUAAAGAAAACAAUUAAAAAUAAAUCAAUAAGGAAAAGAGCGAAGGUAAAAACGACACUGAAAGCACAACUGGAUGAAGAAUUAGACUUAACUGCAGGCGAGAUGGUUAUUGUCACAGAAAUUUUGGAUGACGGCUGGUGCCGUGGAGUUACGGAAAAUGGUAGAGAAGGCAUAUUCCCAGAAGGAUUUAUAUCCUAUAUAGAAGGAGAUCAGGAUAUAAUUGAUCAAGGGCAAGUUAUAUGUACAACUGAGAACAAUGUUGUAUCUUUGUCAACAGUUCACAAUGGCACAAUUUAUAAAGAUUUUGGUGAAACUUCUAUAAAUUCUUAUGCGAACUUGCCCGAUGAACCUAUUCCAAAUUAUUUUGACUUGUUCCCAGAGGUGUUGCCAACAACUAAUAAUAUAGACAGUACACAGUAUAAUAGUCAUACGAAUUCUGUUGAUAUUAAACCAUAUGCCAUAACAUUAUAUCCAUUUAACGCACAGUUUCCAAAUGAGCUGAGCUUUGGAGCAGGCGAAGUAGUGCAUCUCACUAGAUACAUCGAUUCUGAAUGGUUAGAAGGUACGAUUGAUACCACUAAAGGUAUUUUUCCAUUAUCUUACGUCAACAUCAUAGUCGAUUGUGCAGAAGCAGAACAAUAUCAAGUCCAAUCUGAAGUAAUUCCUGCAAAAAAGAAUGCUUUGAAACCGAAUACUACUGUAAAAGUGUUAUAUACCUUUGACGCACAAAUGAAUGGCGAUUUAAAUGUCCAUGAAGGCGAGAGUGUCACUGUGCAGGAAAUGACUAAUGAAGAUUGGGUGAAAGUGAAAAAUAAAAAUGGUUUAGUUGGUUUGUGUCCACGAGAAUAUUUGAGCUCUGAAUCGAUAUCUGAAUAUUCGUUGGACAGUUUGCACGAAUCAAAUUUGGAAGACUUUGAAGAUUUUGUGAUGAUUAGACAUAAGGAAGAGAACACUGUAGUAAAUGAAGAACUGAAGAGAAUGUCGCAACCGCACAGGCCAGCACCACCUGCUCCUGCUCCAGGCAGAGUGCCAUUGCAAAAAGAAACUAUCGCAAACGGAGAAGUAUCUGCUAAAAAAGAAACGUGGGAAAACAAGUCUGCAAUUAAUAAUACUGUAAAUAUGAAACAAAAGAAUGCAGACCAACGUCAAAAUGUAAUAUCGGAAUUAGUUAUAACUGAAAAAGAAUAUGUUCGCGAUCUGAAGUUAACAUACGAAACAUUUAACUUACAUAAUCCAAGUUUUCUCGAAUCAAAGGGAAUUGAUGUUACUACGUUGUUUGGAAACAUUUUAGAAGUUAUUCAUGUUGCCGAGGAGUUGUUGGAUAUGAUUCUGAGAGCUAUGAAAGAUCACGAUGAAAGUUUGCAAACAGUUGGACCUUGUUUCGUAAAAAUGGCCGAGAAAUUGAAAAGUGUUUACGUUAAGUACUGUGGGAAUCAUGAAGCCGCGUUAGCUUUGUUAAAAAAGUAUGAAAGUAAUGAAGAGAUCAUGAAAGUAUUUAACAAGGGUAUUGAGACACUACGUCGUCAGGUUGCUUGCUUUGAUAUGAGCUCUAUUCUGAUAAAGCCGAUUCAAAGAAUUGUGAAGUAUCCUCUAAUGUUAUAUGAAUUAAUAAAGUGUACAGAAGACAAUCAUCCAGAUAAAGCAGCCGUAAUGAAGGCGUGGGAGGCUAUGACAAAUGUGGCCAGUUAUAUCAACGAAUACAAACGGAGAAGAGAUAUCGUAUCAAAGUAUUUAGAUAAUGAUAAUACUUUAUUUAGUAAAAUGUCAAAAUUAAGUAUGCAUUCUGUGGCGAAAAUGUCAACAAGACUUAGCACGCGAUUAUCGGCGAGUUUGGGAUUGACAAACGUUGCGAGUGACACCGAAUUUGAGGAACUCGAGAAACAAUUUCGAUCUAUAGAGAAAUGUACAUGGCAACUGGUGAAAGAUAUUGAGCAAUGUAUUACGUACUUGAGCGAUGAAGCUAUGUCUGGUGAAGCGAUAGCUGAAUUGCUGGUUCAUUAUUAUCAGGGAAGUCCAACUGCUGAGGUGAAAAAAUUGCAAGAUAUAAGAUCUGUAAUUUGGUCACAAUACAUACGGGACUUUAAGUCGUAUAUUGAGAAGACAGUUAGCGCCCCGUUGCAUUUCUUAGCGACGCUGUUAGAAGGGCCAGCGGUGUUGGUAGCAAAAAGGCAUGACAAGUUGUUGGAUUAUGAUGCUGCGAUUUCAAAGAGUGAGAAAUAUAAAGAAUCAAAAAUUAUACAAGAAGAAUUAUUUACUGCUAAGAGUAAUUACGAAGCUCUAAAUCAACAAUUAUUGGAAGAAUUACCUAUUUUGCUGGAUGCCACAGCAAACAUUUUGGUUAAUUGUAUUAAUGCUUUUGCUGGCGCCCGAAAGUUACUAAGCGGAAAAAUUACAAAGCAAUAUAUAUCUCUUUGUGAGACAUCACCGUUACAUCUAUCGUCACAAGAUGUACUGGAAUCAUUUCUCGUAAAUCAUAAUUUAAUAUGGAAUCAAAUAACGCGUUUUGCGUUUGCUGGCACAAAUACCCGAGUAGACGAGGGUCAAUCGCAAUUGUUUAAACAGACUGAAGAGCAGAGAUCUUCGCUUAGAGAAAAAUAUACUGCAGACAAAUUAUAUGUGGUAGUUGAGGAUGUUGUCAGUACAUCUACACUGGAAGUGGACGCUACGAGAGGUAUGUUGGUCGGAGUCAUAAAAAGGCAAGAUCCAAUGGGAAAUCCGGCGAGGUGGUAUGUCGACACUGGAGUCACUCAAGGAUUUUUGCCAUUUCAAAAACUAAGACCGGUUCAGCGACAGAGUCAACAUCAUGAUCAAACCACAUCGGAUGUCGCUACUUCCGGGAGAAAAAGUGUUAGCCCUCCGAAUUUGAUGUCGUUAGAUUCUCCAGAGAAAGAGAUCAAAAAAGUAUCUUCGUCGCAUCUACAGGAUUUGCUUUCAUUAGAUCAAGAAACAAAAGCAUAUCCCAAUUAUAGCAACGUUCCUGAAACGCCGAGAGUUCAAGUAGAGAGAGUUUACCAAAAUAUACAAUAUAUACACGGCGAAUUUUACUAUGCAAUGUACGAUUUUGCUGGAAACAUGCCGGGCACAUUACCUAUUACUAACGGUCAAGCUCUGAAACUGCUCAGACCUCAUGAUGAGAAAGGAAACGAUGAAUGGUGGUUGGUAGAGAAUCGUAACGGUAAACAAGGCUACGUUCCACGGAAUUAUUUAAGCUCUCCCAUUAAACCAAAGUCAUAACGAUGAACUUAAAAUAA